AUGAGGCACCAUAGGACUUGCACAGGAGAGAAACACUUUGAAUGUCCUCAUUGUAGGAAAAGUUUCAAUAGAAGUUCCCAUCUGGUGAUACACCAAAGGACUCACACAGGAGAGAAACCCUUCGAAUGUCCUGAUUGUGGGAAACGUUUCAGUGAGAAUUCCUGCCUUGUGAAACACCAGAGGACUCACACAGGAGAGAAACCCUUUGAAUGUCCUGGUUGUGGAAAAAGUUUCAGUCAGAAUUCCAGCCUUGUGAAACACCAGAGGACUCACACAGGAGAGAAACCCUAUGAAUGUCCUGACUGUAGGAAAAGUUUCAGUUGCAAUUCCCACCUGGUGACCCACCAGAGGACUCACACAGGAGAGAAACCCUUUGAAUGUAUUUAUUGUGGGAAAAGUUUCAAUAGAAAUUCCCAUCUGGUGAGUCACCAGAGGACUCACACAGGAGAGAAACCCUUCGAAUGUCCUGAUUGUGGGAAAAGUUUCAGUGAGAAUUCCUGCCUUGUGAAACACCAGAGGACUCACACAGGAGAGAAACCCUUUGAAUGUGCUGGUUGUGGAAAAAGUUUCAGUCAGAAUUCCAGCCUUGUGAAACACCAGAGGACUCACACAGGAGAGAAACCCUAUGAAUGUCCUGAUUGUAGGAAAAGUUUCAGUUGCAAUUCCCACCUGGUGACCCACCAGAGGACUCACACAGGAGAGAAACCCUUUGAAUGUAUUUAUUGUGGUAAAAGUUUCAGUCGCAAUUCCAGCCUGGUGAUCCACCAGAGGACUCACACAGGAGAGAAACCCUUUGAAUGUAUUUAUUGUGGAAAAAGUUUCAGUCACAAUUCCAGCUUGGUGACCCACCAGAGGACUCACACAGGAGAGAAACCCUUUGAAUGUCUUCAUUGUGGGAAAAGUUUCAGUGAGAAUUCCAGUCUUGUGAACCACCAGAGGACUCACACAGGAGAGAAACCCUUUGAAUGUCCUGAUUGUGGGAAAGGUUUCAGUCAGAAUUCCAGCCUUGUGAACCACCAAAGUACUCACACGGGAGAGAAAGCCUUUGAAUGUCCUGAUUGUAGGAAAAGUUUCAGUCAGAAUUCCAGCCUUGUGAAACACCAGAGGACU